AUGGGCCUGGUGGUGGCAAACAGUGUGGUGGACAUGUACGCCAAGUGUGGCAGCUUGGCAUUGGCACGCCAAACGUUUGAGAGGAUGCGGCAGCGCAGCGUUGUGUCGUGGAAUUCUCUCAUCAUGGGCUGUGCUCGCGGCGGCCAAGCGCACGUUGCUCUGCGACUGUUUGGCCAGAUGCGAAACCAAGGCUUCUUGCCCGACGCUCGGACUCUCCUGGCUGCUCUCAAGGCUUGCACUGCUCUCCUGCUCGAGGAUACGAGCAAGGGGCAGAAGAAGAUGAUGGCGAUGGAGCAUGGGAGAGCUGUCCAUUCCCUUGUUUCAAAGUCCGGGCUCGAGGCAGACGUGUUUGUUGCAAGCGCGCUGGUGGAUUUGUUCUCGAGAGGUGGCGAGUUGGCGGAAGCGCGCAGGAUCUUUGAGAGAACGGUAAAUCGUGAUGUGGUUCUAUGGAAUGCCAUGAUCGGGGCGUACGCACGCAGCGACGAGGCUAGCGACUGGCACACCGCGUUGGAGAUGGUGGAACGCAUGCAACGCUGUGGAGGCGUCCAGGCAAAUGCUGCUACGUUUGUGGCGGCCCUGGGAGCUUGCAUUUCCCUUGCUACCACGGAGCAAGGAUGCUAUCAGCUUGACGGCGGAGGUGGCAACGCCAGGCUUGUCAAGACGGCUGCUCUCGAAAAGGGGCGAGCUCUACACGCCCGCAUUGUAGAGAGUGGCCACGUUCUGGAUGUGUUUGUAGCGAACAGUUUGGUGGACAUGUAUUCGAAGUGUGGAGCACUCACGGAUGCUCGCUCCGUCUUUGACAAGGUGGUGCACCGGGACACGGUUCUUUGGAACAGCAUGCUUAUGGCUUACUCUCGGAACGGACAUGGCGACAAGUGCCUUGAAGCCUUUUCGGCAAUGAAAGAGGAGAGCUGCGAGCCAGAUGCCCGGACGUUCGUUGCUGUGCUCAAGGCCUGCGCCUGUGAAGAACACAAAGCUGGAAGCGUAGACAAGCGAAGGGGUAUUCACUCCCAGCUUGUCAGGAGAGGGGUGGAGGCGGACGUGUACGUUGCGAGCACUCUCUUGGAGAUGUACUCGGCAUGCGGCAGGCUCGACGAUGCGUUUCAAGUAUUCGACAGCAUGCCUUCGCACGAUCAAGUGUUGUGGAACGCCAUGAUCCAAGGCUGUGCUUCUUGUGGACACGGUGACGCAUCUCAUAUUUUGUUUCAGCGCAUGCAAGACGAAGGAUACUUACCCGGCUCUGGAACUUUUGCCGCUGUGCUCAACGGGUGUGCAAACUCAAGCGGGCGUUCCAAGCCAGAGCUUUUGAAACGAGUAAGGGACAUUCACUCUCGGCUUUCAAAGAGCACGGAGGGAGCGGGCCUCCUAGGCAGCACUCUGAUCGACGCCUAUGCAAGGUGUGGUGCUUUUGACGAGGCUCGGCAGGUGUUUGAAGCAAUGCCGCGGCAGCACCGGGACAUCGGAUCGUGGAAUGCGCUCGUCCUGGGAUAUGUUGACAAUGGUGACGCACGCUCCGCGCUCGACGCGUUUGCACGCAUGAAAGCGGAGGGUGUUUUACCAAACGCUCGAACUUUUGCUGCCGUUCUCAAGGCCUGUGGAAGCAUCGGGGAUUUGGAACGCGGCAGAGGCAUCCAGACCGAGAUCCGCAGCGCCGGGUUAGACAACGAUGGCACUCUCGGGAGCAGUAUGGUUGGUUUCUUUGCGAAGUGUGGAAGCAUAGCAGAUGGUCGGGAGGUCUUUGACAAGCUGCAAGUCCGUGACGUGUCGUGCUGGAACGCGAUGAUAUCUGGCUAUGCUCAAGCCGGUGAUGGAGGAGAGGCUUUGAGUUUGUUUAGACGCAUGCAAGACGAAGGCUUUACACCGAGUUCCAGGACUUUCAUGGCUGCGCUAAGUGCUUGCUCAUGUGGAGCUUCUAAAGCAGGUCCUGGUGGCGGAGAGGACGUAAAAGCAUGCUACUUGGAGGAGGUCAGGGGUCUCCACUCGCAGCUUGUUGACAAUGGACCUGAGCUUGAUGCAUUUUUGGGAAGUAGCCUCAUCGAUGCGUAUAGCAAAUGUGGGAGCACACGAGAGGCACUGGAGGUUUUCGACCGGAUGCCCGAGCGCAACGUCAACCUUGUUACCUGGAAUGCCAUCAUUCUUGGCUGUGCUCAUAACGGCGAGCCUGACUGCGCGAUGCAGCUCUUCUCACGCAUGAAACGCCAAGGGGUUAGACCGGAUGCUCUGACUUACGCUGGAGCACUCCAAGCCUGUGGCAGCAAAGGGGACUUGGAGGCCGGACGGACGAUUUCCGACGAGGUGCGCGGUUCCGGACUGAUGGAGGAGAAGAACGUCCUGGUAGCAAGCUCUCUAAUCAGUUUCUUUGGCAAGUGCGGGAGCAUGGUGGACGCCCAACACAUAUUCGACUCCUCGGCUGCAUUCCUUGCCAAGGAGUCUGUGGCAUGGAACUCACUCAUGACGGGUUACAGCCACCAGGGAGACGCACAGCGCGUGUUUGGCCUCUUUGACGAUAUGCUGGAGCGACGCUUGCAGGUGGACGGUUUCACCUUCCUGUCGCUCCUCACGGCAUGCGGGCGCGCGGGCCUGGUCGACCAGGGGAAGCACUACUUCCAACUCAUGGCCUCCCCGCGCUUCAGCAUUGCUCCCUGGUACGAGCACUACAGCUGCAUGGUGGACUUGCUGGGGCGUUCUAAUCGCCUAGAGGAAGCGGCUGCGUUGGCAAUGGAGAUGCCGGUGAAGGGAUUGAGCGUGUGGAAGAGUCUGCUGGCGUCGUGCCAGAGGUGGAAGAAUGUUGAGGCAGCAAAGGUGGCGUUCGAGGCGAUACAGAAACUGGACGACCGUGAUAGCGCAGCUUACGUGCUCAUGGCGAACACGUAUGCAUCCGGCUGA